AUGUUAAUUUUGUACUCAAACUUACUAGAAUUGCAAGAAGAGUUUGGUAAAUUUAAGCCACAUUCGAAAUCAACCAAGGUCCUCCAGGCUUGCUUCAAAGCAGUAGAUGAACAAUUGGGCAAACAAGGAGAGAACAACCAUAUUCCUCAAACGAUAGAAAGGCUCCUGCAUCAUUUUUGGUUCAUUAAUGCUACAAUACUCGGCGCUUUGGGCUGUGACACUCUACAACCUGAUUUCAAGAAACAGCAAAAAUUGGCUCGAACGUUUUCCGAUUAUUUUUUCUCCAAAGGGAAACGCCAAAGAUUCAAAAUUCAAAAUUUGGAUGCGAAAAAUGAAGCGGACCGGAUAUAA